UUAAUCCCAACAAUUUAUAAUGUUUGGUAUAACAAAUAAAUUGUUUUUUAAAAAACUGUAUUACUCACAAAUACAGCGUUUGAAGAAUCAGCUAUACAUUUCUGCAUCAACAAAUAACAUUUCAGAACAAAAUGUUUUAAGUAAACAUAGUUUAAUUAAUAAUAAAUCAGAACUUUACAAAUAUUUAUAUUUUAAAAUAAAAUUGUCAGGACCUAUUAGUGUAGCUAAUUAUAUGAAACAAGUACUUACUCAUCCAACAAAUGGUUAUUAUAUGAAUAAAGAUGUUUUUGGAGAAAAGGGUGAUUAUAUAACAUCUCCAGAAAUAAGUCAGUUAUUUGGAGAAAUGAUUAGUGUCUGGAUUAUAAAUGAGUAUAAGAAAAUACAUAAUAAGCCAUUCCAAUUAGUUGAGCUUGGACCAGGACGUGGUACUUUAAUAAAAGAUAUUCUCAGAAUUUUUCAUCAAUUUGGCAUGUGCGAUCAAUUGUCUCUGCACUUAAUUGAAGUUAGUCCAUUUUUAUCAGAAAUACAAGAAAAGAAUUUAUGUUUAUCUAAUGUUCAAAAAAAUGAUCCAAGUUCUUUAGGAAAGCAUUAUAAAACAGGAGUAACGGCAGAUAAUGUAAAAGUAUUUUGGUACAAGUCAAUUUUUGAUAUUCCAAAAGGGUUUAGUAUUUUUAUCGCUCAUGAAUUUUUUGAUGUAUUACCAAUACAAAAAUUUCAGAAAACAAAAGAUGGAUGGUUCGAAAUAUUAGUUGAUAUCGACGAAACCGAUAAAAAUAAUGAGAAAUUUAGAUUUAUUUUAUCGAAAACAUUGUCUUGUGAUAGAAUAAGAACCAAAAAUGAACAAAGAGACCAUAUAGAAUUUAGUCUGGAAGCUAUGCUUAUUAUACAAAAUAUUUCUUCUGUUAUAACAGAAAAUGGGGGGUUUGCACUUAUCAUUGAUUAUGGUCAUAACGGCGAUAAAACCGAUACUUUUCGAGCUUUUCGACAACAUCAACAAUGUGAUCCGUUAUUGAAACCAGGCACAGCAGAUUUAACUGCUGAUGUUGAUUUUGCAUUUCUAAAACAAGCAGCAUUAGAAAGCAAUAAAGUAUUGUGUUUUGGGCCUGUAAACCAAAAUGAUUUUUUAAAAGAAUUAUGUAUUGAUAUUCGAUUAUUAAAUCUUUUUAAAAAUUCUUCUAUAGAGCAAAAAAAGCAAUUAGAGCUUGGUUACAAUAAAAUUAUGGAUCCUAAAGGGAUGGGUACUUGCUUUAAAGUUGUUUCAAUGUUUCCGUAUGUUUUGAAAGAUUAUUUUGAAAAAUUUCCAGUCCAUGGAUUUCAAAGUUAUGUAACUAAGAAAUAAGCUACAAAUUUGUACAAAUUUUAUCAUUGUAUUAAAUAUAAU